GUUCUUGACGUAAUAGAUAUUGAAAGAGAAAUUCUCGUUUCCUGUUACCUAACUUGAACAAUCAUAAGAUAUGUAUCUACACUGCGUCUAACGGCAUGCGAUUACUUAUCGAAUUUUAAAGACAGGUGAUUUUUCAAAAUCCCUGACGUAUUGACAUUUGUUUGACGUGGACGUGUAUUGUGACAGGAAGACCGCGAGGAAGGGUUAUGUUGUGUUUGCCUUCCAAGUUGCCUUCGAAAACUGAACCACAGCAAGUGAUGUCGCGGAUGAUCAAAGUCUAUAAAUGAAUAUUCCUGUAGUGUAGUACUUAUUUAAAAUAUUCUGCUUAGUCACAAAUUAUUACUUUAUUCGGACGGGCUGUGUUGAAGUCAAGUAAAAGUGAUGGCACCGAAUUAUAGCAAAUUAAUGAACAAAAAUAAUGUUCUUGCUGGGGCAGGAGCACUAGUCGCUAUCUGGUAUAUUGCAUUAAACAGGAGCAAGAAUGUUAAACAUCUAGACAGAAGGAAAAUAAAGAAGACUGUAGAAGAGGAAGUGAAGUACAUGAUAUCAGAUAAAAGUGAAAACAAAACAAAAGCAACAGUAGAUAGGAAAUUUUUCAUUGAACUGAAGCAAUUAUUAAAUAUUGCAGUACCAGGAUGGUCAAGUCCAGAAUGUGGGCUAUUUUUUCUUAUUGCUUUAAGUCUAGUGUCAAGAUCAAUGUGCGAUCUGUGGUUGAUAGACAAGGGAACAAAAAUAGAAAGUUCAAUCAUCUCUAUGGACAAACAACUGUUCAAGAAGAGACUGCUGAACUUCCUGUUAGCCAUCCCCGUGAUAUCGGUGGUCAACAACGUUCUGAAAUACUCGAUCGGCGCACUGAAGAUCCAACUAAGAACCAACAUGACCAGGAAACUGUACGACGAGUACCUGAAGAACUUCACUUAUUACAGAAUGUCCAACUUGGACAACCGGAUACAGAACGCCGAUCAGUUGUUGACCACGGACAUCGAUAAGUUCUGCGAAGGUGUGACAGAUCUGUAUUGUAACACUGCCAAGCCAAUGCUGGAUAUUGGUAUUUACGUGUACAAAUUGUCUACGAGUAUGGGGGGAGGAACUCCAUUAUUGAUGUUAGGUUAUAUGGUAGUAUCUGGGAUCAUAUUGACGAAUCUUCGAAAGCCCACAGCCCGGCUUACCGCAGAAGAACAAAAAUUAGAAGGUGAAUUCCGACACAUAAACUCUAGACUAAUUACACAUUCGGAAGAAGUGGCAUUCUACAACGGAAACACGAGAGAAAAAGCUACUUUGUUGGCCAGUUAUAACAAACUUCUGAACCAUUUAAAGAAGUUCCUGAGAUUCAGGGUUUUCAUGGGUAUAAUAGAUAACUUAGUGACCAAAUACUUUGCUAGUGUUGUAGGUUUUUGGGCUGUCUCUUUGCCGUUCCUGUCUGAAAAUCAUGGAUUCUCCAAGAGUUCGAAUAACGAACGAUCCCGUCUGUACUACACAUACGGCAGAAUGCUGAUAAAACUGGCGGAAGCCAUUGGUAGAGUGGUCCUCGCAGGUCGAGACCUAUCCAAGCUGGCAGGAUUCACCGCCAGAGUAACUCAAUUACGGACAGUUCUAGCCGAGCUGAACGAAGGCAAAUACCAAAGGACCAUGGUCGCUGGAGCUGAAGACUUGAGGUCUAACGGAGGAAAACUAAUCUUCAAGAACAAUGUGAUCAAGUUUGAUAAAGUACCGUUGAUCACUCCGAAUGGUGAUGUACUCAUACCUGAACUGACAUUUGAAAUAAAUUCAGGAAUGAAUGUGUUGGUAUGUGGGCCAAAUGGAGCUGGAAAGUCAUCCUUGUUCAGGAUAUUGGGAGAGUUGUGGCCACUGUUUGGAGGGGAAUUGACCAAACCGCCGAGGGGGAAACUGUUUUAUAUACCACAGAGACCUUACAUGACGCUAGGCAGCCUUCGCGAUCAACUAACUUACCCCCACUCCGGCUCAGAAGCGACGCGUCGUGGCGCCACCGACGACAAACUUAAAGAAUACCUGCGUCGCGUUCAGCUGGAAUACAUCCUAGACAGAGAAGGUGGCCUAGACGCCAUCGCCGAUUGGCUAGACGUACUGAGUGGUGGGGAGAAACAGCGAAUAGCGAUGGCCAGGCUGUUCUACCAUCAGCCCCAGUUUGCAAUUUUGGAUGAGUGCACCAGUGCUGUUUCGGUGGAUGUUGAGGGUAGCAUGUACAGGUACUGUAGAGACGUUGGCAUUACUCUACUGACAGUAUCCCAUAGGAAAUCCUUGUGGCAACAUCACGAGUAUGUGCUUUAUCUAGAUGGCAGGGGAGAUUACACCUUCAAACCAAUGGAAGAAUGCACAGAGCAAUUUGGAUCGUGAUUUCGUCCUAAGUGCAAAAUAGGUUAUUUGAUUUUUCCUUUUCCUUCUAUUGUGGUUACCGCUUUUAUCAUGCUGAAUCGUCGUGUAGGAUCUUUAGGUCAUAUCCCAAGCAAUGCCACUCAUGGAUUGGGUUAACGAUCAGUCAUUGCUUCAUCACUUCGUACAAUAAAUUCACUUUUGGCAAUUUAAAAAACAGUACAAUGUUUUGAUACAGUCGUUGCGCGAACAAGAAUCUCAUAAAAUUUACUACAUAUUAUGAAGAUGAUGAAUAUACAUGGCGUCCGAAUUUAAUCUCUGUCCGUAGAUAUUUCGAAAACCACGCAUUCUAGAAAAAACGUUUCAAACAAAAGCUGUAGGGUUUUGAUGGGGCAAAAUGAUGGCGCCUCUUGCAACAACCUUGAUUAGACACUCAAGGUCCUUUCAACAUCGGGUGAAUUUUCUCAAACAUAACCCUUUUUCACAUGGGAAUUGAAAAGAACGUCCGACCAUCGCCUUGACCUUGACACCGCCUUUAAGGUCAAAACAAGACAUCGAAAACAAUUUGCCGUAGAAAAAAUGUUGGACAGCACGGUUAAAUGGUUAGUGCGGGUCACCUAAAUGUGACCUUGACCACAAGCUCCAGGUCAAAAUUUCCUCUCAUUUUUACACUAGAAAUGAAGAAAGCAGUAUAUAUUUUACGUCCGAAUGAAACCUUGGCCUCAAAUACAUUUAACCUGAACACGACCAAUGCUUUUUCCAUUUCCAGUGUAAACAUCUUUGACUUGAAUUUGAAGGUCAUGUUCAGGGUCAUGGUCGAGGCGACCUUUGGAUGAUAUCCACAAAGCUCACAACUGUGCUGUCAAACAUCUUUGCUAGAACAAACUGUUUUCAAUGUCUUGAUUUGACCUUGAAAUGGCUUUGGGCAUUGUUCGAGGUCAUGACGAAGGUGAUUUUCGAAUAUAAGAUUGGUCUAUUCUGAUGUAAACAAUGGGGGUUAUAUUUAAAAAUAUACGCUUGACCUUGGAAUUACCUUGAAAGUCGUAGUAAAGGUCAUUGUCAAGGUCACCACCAUGUUGCCCUUUUGAAACCCUACAACUUGAUUGAUUUUUUUAAUGCGCGGUUUCCGUGAUAUUAAUGUGGGAAUAUUAAAAUGGGACACCAGGUAUAACAUGAAAUUACCUCAGUUCUGUUCACUAUAAAACUAUUUGCUACUCGUCUGCUUGAUUUUAACCGGUCUCGAAAAAAUAAGGGAUUUCAUUCAUAGUUUUUGCAUUGCAAUUCUGUUAACAAAAACCCAUUGUUACUUACAAAUGGGAAGAUCAUCCGUGGCCCAUAUAAUCUAAAAUAAAAUAAAUAGAAAAUGACAUUUUUGUGCAAUAAAAUCUCGAAACACAAUGUCUCGUCCAAAAUAAGAGAACCAGAAAUAGCUUCAAUUACUAGUAACAAAAGAAAAUACAUUUUGGGCGAACAUAUCAAAUGGAUUGAGAAUUUCUUACAACCCUUAACUAGCAAUGUAUUAUAGCGGACUUAACAAACAUUUUUAGCAGUUUUUUACUUCCUCGCCCCGUCUUCCACCACGUAUUGAGAUAUAAUUGAAACUUGUCCACAGAAUGAUGAUCGGACUGAAUCUUCCUUAAAACCAUUUUUCGCUUAUUAGUUUAUUAUUAUUUUCAUAUUUAUAAUGUAGAACUGUUUUAUUUGUGAAAAAAAUUUGACUAUAUUCGUAUGUUGGAUAAUGAUUCGUGGUCUUCCUACUUUACUAUUUUGUGAUACUGCAUUCGUUGCUUCUUGUUUAUUUAUUUAAGUAUCGGAGGUCAUACAGCGAGCGAUAAUUGUUUUUUAGGUGGUGCUUAGCCUUGUAUAUUUUUACUAAUAUGUAACUGGCUAGCACUCUAUUACGAAAGAAUAAUGUAAAAAAUAUAUUUUUUUGAGAUGUAUGUAUAUGUAAUUAAGAAAUUGUUUUUAUCUACUAGAAGGUAGGCGAUGAUUAUAAUUAUAUCUGUAUAUGUACCAUAAUAGAUCAAUGUGAUGGUUUUUUAAAAUAUAUUGAGAAGAUAA